AUGGUCAAUUCAGUGAAAAGGAGACGUUUUUAUUUCAGCGAUUUCUUGCCAAUCAGAGGUCGGAGAUACAAAUGGUUACCAGCAGUGGAUUGUCGAGGUCCGAAUAAAUGUGGUCCCCUAUCUUUUCAUUCAACCCUCGAGCGUAUCCCAUUCGGUGGAAAAGUAGUAGUCUUUGGAGGUGACUUCCGACAGGUUCUUCCUGUAAUCCCCAAUGCGACACGACCACAAAUCGUUUCACAAGCUCUCAAUCACUCCAGCAUAUGGCGUCACGUGCAUGUCCACCGUCUUGGAAUCAACAUGCGUGUUCAACAUGCUGCCAAUCCCAACAAUGCAGAAAACCUACAGCAAUUUGCUGAUUAUCUGCUAUCUAUUGGAGAUGGAAGAGAGCCAAUUGUAGAAGGAUCUGAGGAUCGCAUACGCGUUCAUGAUAGCAUGCUCCUCGGUGGUUAUAACACCUUAACGCUGAUUGACACUAUCUUUGGUGAUCUCUCUUCUGUUCCUUCCUCAUCGGAUUUCUUCAUGAGUCGUGCCAUUUUGACGCCCAAAAACAGGGAUGUUUCGGAUAUUAACAAUAUCAUCAUUGAUAAAUUCCGAGGCCAAAUGCAUGAAUUCAAGAGCGCAGACGCCAUGGAUCAACCUGAAGACAAUAUACGUUUUCCUCCAGAAGUGCUCAAUUCACUUUCGCCUUCAUCGCUACCUCCACAUCACCUAAAGUUAAAGAUCGGAUGUCCUAUCAUGCUAUUGCGCAACCUGGAUCCAGCAAAAGGAUUAUGUAAUGGUACACGCCUCAUUUGCAAAGCAUUUCAACGAUACGUUAUUCAAGCAGAAGUUGCAUCUGGAUCACAUAUUGGAGACACAGUCCUCAUACCACGUAUACGGAUCACAGCUCAAGAAAAGCAAUGUCCCAUCCCAUUCACACGAGUUCAAUUCCCUGUUCGAUUGGCAUUUUCAAUGACCAUCAACAAAUCCCAAGGGCAAACGUUUGAGAAAAUUGGUAUCUAUCUCCCUGAUCCAGUAUUUAGCCAUGGGCAACUUUAUGUUGCAAUGUCACGUCAAGGGUAUUACACACGCAACGUCGUUUACAGCGAAGUUUUACUUUAA